AAAGAAAGUAUUAUCAUUUAAGUAUUGGUGAGGUGUCAUAGGAUGAGUUUGUGUUUGUUAUGUAAUCCAAAAUUUAAAAUUUAUAUUUGAAUUGAAUGUUUUAGGUUUGAUUUGUAAAAGAAAAUUUAUUUUGAUAAUUAAUGCACGGGAUUUGAAACUUACCUUUUUUUUUUUUUGUGAAACUUAAACUUGUUGAUUAUUGAAUAUUAAUAAAGACUUGAAAAGUAAGAUAAGUAUAAAAUAAAUUAAACUAAACUAAAACAAUAUCUUAUUUAGGAAAGUGUUUUAUCAAAUAAUUAGCACUUCUUUUUAUCUUGGAAAAAUGAUAUUUUUUCCAUUUUUAAUUUUUAAAAUUAUCUUUAACUUGAGAUUUCUUUACUUGGAUGUUUCUUUUUUCUCGUCAUCUUGAUCUUCUAAUAUUGCUUUAAUUUUUAUAGCUCACUUAUAGGAAUUUAAUUAGAUGUAUAUAUAUAUAUGUAUAUAUUUACGAUAACAAAUUUUUUGUUUUCUUGUAGAGAAAAUCCGAUAACAAAAUUUUAAUUAAUUUCCUUUUCCUAAUCGAAUAAUAUUAUAAGCAUUAUUAUAUAAUAAAAUUUGUUAAUUAAAAACCUUACGCAAGUCUAUAUAAACACUGUCUUGGAAUUGAAGGCGUCCGAAUAAAAGUUUGUCUUCAAUCUCGAUAAUCCAAAAGCUCAAUCAUCUCUCUCUCUUUUUCCCCAAAAAAAAUUCUCAAUCUUCAUCUUCAUCCCCAUUCUCUCCAUUUCACACUGCGAUCUAUGGCGUCUGGUUCAGCAGGUCGCCCCAAUUCCUCCCCUAAAUCCUUUGAUUUUGGUUCUGAUGAUAUUCUUUGCUCUUUUGAAGACUACGGUAAACAGGACCCUUCAAACGGUAGCCUUAGCGAUCCCGUUUCCGUUACCAAUCCUGGCAAGGAUUUUCACAAGAGUAGAAUGUCUACAGUAUUCCCUGCUGCUGGCUAUGGUCAAGCAGAUGAUACCAUUAGUCAAAAUGUGAUUUCCACGGUUGAGAACAGCAUGAAAAAGCAUUCUGAUAACCUUUUGCGUUUUCUUGAGGGAAUAAGUUCACGCCUAUCACAACUUGAACUCUAUUGCUACAACCUUGAUAAAUCCGUUGGAGAAAUGCGGUCUGAAUUAGCUCGUGACCAUGAAGAGGCAGAUUCAAAGCUUAAAUCUCUUGAGAAGCAUGUUCAAGAGGUCCACAGGUCUGUACAGAUUAUAAGAGACAAGCAAGAACUCGCUGAGACUCAGAAAGACUUGGCUAAACUUCAGGUCUCGCAGAAAGAGCCAUCUUCGUCAAACCAUUCACAGUCUAAUGAGGAGAGGGCUUCUUCAGUUGCCUCUGAUUCUAAAAAGAAGGAAAAUCCAUCUGAGAUUCACAACCAGCAAUUAGCUUUGGCCUUACCACAUCAGAUCGUUCCACAGCAGAAUCCUAUAACACCCCCUUCAGCAGCUUUGCCUCAGAAUAUGCCUCAACAACAACAAUCUUACUACAUCUCUCAAUCCCAAUUGCCUGGUCAACCACCCCAUAUCCAGCAUGCUCAGAGCCAAUACAUCUCAUCUGAUUCCCAACACCGGGCAUCACAACCUCAAGAUGUUUCACAGAUGUCCAAUCCCCAGCUAAGUCAAACUCCACCACAGCCAUUCAAUCAAUAUCAACAACAAUGGGCGCAACCACCAUCUCAGCAGCCACAACCUCCUCAACAGCCUUCUAUGCAACAAAUCAGACCGCCACCCCCUUCAGUCUACCCGUCUACUUAUCCACCUAAUCAACCAACUUCUAUGCCUGAGACGCUGCCAAGCAGCAUGCCCAUGCAAAUGUCUUUUCCAUCUAUUCCUCAACCAGGUUCAAGUCGUGUGGAUGCAGGGCCUUAUGGGUACGCUCCUGGAAGUGGUGGUUCUGCUCCACAACAACCUCCUCAAGUGAAAAAUGCUUAUGGUCCACCAACAGGUGAGGGAUAUAUGCCUCCUGGACAACAAUCUGGAGGAGCAUAUAUGAUGUAUGAUAGGGAAAGCGGAAGACCGCCACACCAUCCACCUCAACAAGCACACUUCAAUCAAAGCGGAUAUCCUCUAGCCAAUGCACCACAUCAGGUUCCUCCUCAAGCUCCAGCGGGACCCCAUGUUUCAGCUAGGAAUCCAAGUCAUUCACAUCUAAUCGAAAAAUUGGUUGGCAUGGGUUUCAGGGGUGACCAUGUUGCAAGUAUAAUCCAGAGAAUGGAAGACAGUGGCCAACCUGUUGACUUCAACGCAGUUCUCGACAGGUUGAGUUCUCCUUCAGGUCCAGGUCCACAAAGAGCUUGGUGAAGAGUAAUUUAAUCAACCCCCUGUUUGCGGCCGAUACUGGCCAUGACCAGCCUCAUACAUUGCGUCUUUUUAAUGCAUUGAAUAAAAUACUGGUUUAUGAUUUAAUUGUCCUCGGUAUAUAUUUUGUUAUGGUUUGUGAGAUUUUAAAACGUCGGCUGUAUGAUUUAAAACUUUGUGUGAAUAUCAUCUUCUACUUCCAAAUUCCAA